GCUGCCUGCUGUUUCCCGUGGAGAUCAUGAAACGGCGUCAGCUUCCUAGCAGCAGCGAGGAUUCUGACGACAAUGGCAGUCUGUCCACUUGGUCCCAGCAUUCCAGAUCUCGACAUCGGAGGACUUCAUGUUCCAGACAAGAAGAUCGGAAACCUUCUGAGGUGUUCAGAACGGACCUGAUCACUGCCAUGAAGUUACAUGACUCCUUCCAGCUGAACCCUGAUGAAUACUAUGUGCUGGCAGACCCUUGGAGGCAGGAGUGGGAAAAGGGAGUUCAGGUGCCAGUUAGCCCAGGGACCAUCCCAGAACCAGUAGCCAGGAUUGUGUCCGAGACUAAAGCUGUCACGUUUACCCGUCCCAGGAAGUACAUCGUUUCGUCAGGUUCGGAGCCUCCCGAGCUGGGCUACGUUGACAUUCGAACCUUAGCAGACAGCGUGUGUCGCUACGAUCUCAAUGAUGUGGAUGUAGCGUGGCUGCAACUUGCCAAUGAAGAAUUCAAGGAAAUGGGGAUGCCUGAGCUGGACGAGUACACGAUGGAAAGGGUCGUAGAGGAGUUUGAACAACGAUGCUACGAUAACAUGAAUCAUGCCAUCGAGACGGAAGAAGGCCUUGGGAUUGAAUAUGACGAAGAUGUUGUCUGUGACGUCUGUCAGUCGCCAGAUGGUGAAGAUGGCAACGAAAUGGUGUUUUGUGACAAAUGCAAUAUCUGUGUGCACCAGGCAUGUUACGGGAUCCUGAAGGUGCCAGAGGGCAGCUGGCUGUGCAGGACCUGCGCGCUUGGCGUUCAGCCCAAGUGUUUGCUGUGUCCCAAGAAGGGUGGUGCCAUGAAGCCGACCCGGAGUGGCACCAAGUGGGUCCACGUUAGCUGUGCUCUGUGGAUUCCAGAGGUGAGCAUUGGAAGCCCAGAAAAAAUGGAGCCCAUUACAAAGGUAUCUCACAUUCCCAGCAGUAGAUGGGCACUGGUGUGCAGCCUUUGUAAUGAAAAAGUUGGAGCUUCUAUACAGUGUUCUGUGAAGAACUGCAGAACAGCCUUUCACGUCACCUGUGCGUUUGACCGUGGCUUGGAGAUGAAGACCAUACUGGCGGAGAACGAUGAGGUGAAAUUUAAGUCGUACUGUCCCAAGCACAGCUCCACAAAGAAAGCAGACGACGAGACUUUCAACGAAAGCCCAAGCCAGGAGAAUGGGAACGGGAUUCAGGACAGCUCUCUUCCUGCCCACGUCGACCCUUUUCACAGCAUGGAUCAAAACCAGGAGGAGGCCCACAGAGUCAGCCUCCGCAAGCAAAAGCUCCAGCAGCUAGAGGAUGAGUUCUAUACGUUUGUUGAGUCUUUGGAAGUGGCUAAAGCGCUGCGGCUGCCUGAGGAGCUGGUGGGAUUCCUUUACGAGUACUGGAAGCUGAAGAGAAAAGCCAACUUCAAUAAGCCUUUGAUUACCCCAAAGAAGGAUGAAGAGGACAAUCUGGCUAAACGGGAACAGGACGUUCUGUUCAGAAGAUUGCAGCUCUUCACACACCUGCGGCAGGAUCUAGAGCGGGUGCGUAAUCUCACUUACAUGGUGACCCGAAGGGAAAAAAUCAAGAGAUCUGUUUGCAAAGUUCAAGAACAGAUAUUUAAUGUUUGCGCAAAGCAGCUGGAACAAGACAGAGUUUCAGGUGUGCCUUCCUCCGUCUCCUCAGUGGAAAACACGGUGUUGUUCAAUAGUCCAUCUUUGAGCCCUAAUGCCCCUAAGAUAGAGGAUUUGAAAUGGCAUUCUGCAUUCUUCAGGAAACAAAUGGGCACAUCUCUAACCCACCCUUUGAAAAAACCACACAAGAGAGACAGAGUAAGAAACAGCUCUGGGAAUGACAGCAAAUCCAUGCUGAGGCAGCCCAGCCAAAGGGAAGGUGGUGCAGCUCCAGGGGGCUUUUUAAAUUUUGACAAGACCUUUGCAGAAACACGGAUUGUAUCAGCCCAGCAGAAAAAUGGCAUAGUUAUACCAGACCACAGAAAAAGAAGAGACAAUCGUCCACAGUGUGAGGCGAUCAAGGCAGAACUAAAGGAAAAGACUUCUAAACACAACCACAAACCACUGAGACCCACAGAACUCUCUCAGAGGCAACUGGAAAAUAAAAGGGCUGUGAACCACUCCAGUGGUAGGUCAGCACCUGGCACACGGAGGGAUAUAGUGCCUAAAUGCAACGGAGGUCUUGUCAAAGUAAACUCUAAUCAGACAGUAGUUAAAGUGCCUACAACGCCCACAAGCCCAGUGAAAAACUGGGGCGGAUUCCGAAUUCCAAAGAAGAGGGAGAGGCAACAGCAGGGCGAGAGCCUGGAGGACACCUGCCGCCAGAACUCCAGCUACCCCUACCUGGGCAUGGGCAGAGUUACACCGAAGGACAGGGCAAAAAGCAAGCUAAAGCCUGACAGUGAGAAUGAUGGGUACAUCCCUGAUGCUGAAAUGAGCGACUCCGAGACUGAAGUAGCUGAAAAAAAGUGCAGGCAGCAGAGACUCAGUCCGAACAGCCCUAUCAGUGGAAGGACGGACAUUAUCAGGAGGAGCAUCCUGGCAUCCUGA